UCAGUUUCUGUUCAGAGCCGUCAAAACGAAAAUGCUUUCGAAAUCGCCGCUGUUACUGCUCGUUGUCGGGUUCUGCCUGAAUGCUGCCGCGUUGGCCGACGUAGACUGCAGCAAGCGUCCCCCCUUUGUGGAUCCCAAAACAUGCUGUCCCAUGCCGGAUUUCGUAACCGCUGAGCUCAAGGAGAAGUGUGCCAAGUUUGACAUGACCCCUCCGCCGCCAACCGAUGGAGAUGCCAGUGGUUCCUUCGAGAGCAAGCGUCGUCAUCAUCAUCCCCACCCGCCACCAUGCUUCUUCUCCUGCAUCUUCAAUGAAACUGGCAUCUACACGAACAGGAGCCUGAAUCAGGACAAGCUAAAGACCUAUAUUGAGAAGGUGUUUGAGGAUAGCUCCGAUCUCCAGACCACCGCCAUUGAAGCCUUCACCACCUGUGCCACCAAGGUGGCCGAGUUCGAGGCCAACCUACCUCAGCGUCCAUCGCCGCGACCAGGACGUCCAUCUCCGCCACCUGGCAUGCCCUUCUGCCCCCACGACGCUGGCCACCUGAUGGGCUGUGUGUUCAGAAAUGUGCUGAAGAACUGCCCGGCUUCCAUAAGGAACGAUUCGCAGCAGUGCACCGACCUGAAGGAGUACUUCACGAAGUGCAAGCCGCCGCGUGGACCUCCUCCGCCCUCGGCAGAGGAAAUGUAAAGACCUUUCUAUUCGAGUCCCGUAAAAACAAUACCUCUCCAGACAGAACAUUAACUUUUUUUGUUGCAUCCUUUCGAUUUCAAUCAAUAAAGAUUUAAAGCUCAA